AAACCUUCCGACCCGGACGUUGUUUUGAGUAGCAGUUAGCAAACACAUUUUCUCGCUGAAUGAACUGAAACCGAUUUUCUGGGUUUAAAGUUGAGUUUAAAGGUUGUGUUGCGGCUGCAGUCAUGGCUCACAUCACCAUCAACCAGUACCUGCAGCAGGUGUACGAGGCCAUAGACAACCACGAGGGCUCGUUCUGCGCCGAGCUGCUGUCCUUCAAACACCCGCAUGUCGCCAACCCCCGGCUGCAGCUCGCCAGUCCAGAGGAAAAGUGUCAGCAGCUUCUGGAGCCGCCUUACGAUGAGAUGGUCGCCGCCCACCUCAGGUGUACCUACGCUGUGUCCAAUCACGACUUUGUUGAAGCCUACAAGUUCCAGACACUUGUCGUCCAAUCCUUCCUGAGGGCCUUUCAGUCCCAUAAAGAGGAGAACUGGGCUCUGCCAGUGAUGUUCGCUGUCACGCUGGAUCUCAGAAUUUUUGCCAACAACGCGGAGCAGCAGUUGCAGAAGAAGGGCAAAGGUCAGCCGGGUGAGAUGCUGGAGAAAGCAGCCGAGCAACUGAUGAGCUGCUUCAGAGUGUGUGCCAGCGACAAUCGAGCUGGUGUCGAGGACUCCAAGAAGUGGGGGAUGAUGUUUCUGAGCAACCAGCUGUUCAAGAUCUACUUCAAGAUCAAUAAGCUGCACCUAUGUAAGCCUCUGAUCAGAGCCAUCGACAGCUCCAACCUGAAGAACGACUACAGCCCCGCCCAGAAAGUCACAUACAAAUACUAUGUGGGCCGCAAGGCUAUGUUCGACAGCGACUUCAAGCCAGCGGAGGAGUUCCUGUCGUACGCUUUCCAUCACUGUCAUCGUUCCAGUCAGAAGAACAAGAGGAUGAUCCUCAUCUAUCUGCUGCCUGUCAAGAUGCUGCUGGGUCACAUGCCGACUCAUCAGCUGCUGAAGAAAUACGACCUCAUGCAGUUUGCCGACGUCACCAAAUCUGUGAGUGAGGGGAACCUGCUGCUGCUGAACGAAGCUUUGACCAAACACGAGACCUUCUUUAUCCGCUGUGGGAUCUUCCUCAUCCUGGAGAAGCUCAAGAUCAUCACCUACAGGAACCUCUUUAAGAAAGUGUACCUGCUGCUGAGGACUCACCAGCUGCCUCUGGACGCCUUCCUGGUGGCUCUGAAGAUGAUGCAGCUGGAGGAUGUGGACAUUGACGAGGUGCAGUGUAUCCUUGCCAACCUCAUCUAUAUGGGUCACAUCAAAGGUUACAUCUCCCAUCAGCACCAGAAGCUCGUGGUCAGUAAACAGAAUCCGUUCCCUCCUCUCUCCUCAGUCUCCUAGACUAUGUUACCCACAAUCCCCUCUGACCAUGACGCUCCUGGAAAGUAUUCAAUUUUUUUUAAUAUGUUUUAUUUUGUAAAAGAAAUGUUUGAAUUAAACAGAUGCUGGUUUGUAUAGCGUGUUGAAGCGUGUUCUCUUUUUAUUAACACAAACCUUGAACAUUCAUUCUAUCUGAAGGCUUCUGAUGGUGCAUUGUGGGUAUCUUUUGCAAUUCAUCACUUGAAUUUAAAACAGCACACUUCAAAUACAAAUAGCUGAUAGUAAAUAUGAUCUUCAUGUUUGAAAUAUUUCAUAUUUUCUGCAGCAUUUUGCAAAAAUGUUAAAUAAUAACAAGUUUUAAACUAUAAUUUAGUGGCAAAGCUUUUGUGAAAAGUUUAAACUUUCCAUCACAACAGUGCAGUGGAAUAUAGUUUUAAAAUAGGGGUUUCUUUAAUGCAGUUAAGAGCAAAAAUAACAACCUAGUUGUCUCCCGCUUUCACUCUAAAUAUCUCUACUGUCAAUAAAGCUACAAAAAGACCAAAAAAUAUGUUUAAAAAAAAAUAAUAAUAAUAACCUCCCCUGAGGUGCAUUCAAGAGCAACAUGAAAUUGCAGUUUUACUUCUAUAAUGUCACAAUUUUUCUCUCGUUGAAAAUUGUGUAUAACAUUUGAAUUAUUCAAUUUUUCCUCUUUUUGGGCCAAAACUAUUUCAAAUGUAAAUGAGGUUCUAAAGAAACUUGGAACUUGGUUUGGACUACAGCCUAGCUUUAAGACUUGAGACUUGACUCAGAUUCUCAAUCAUAGAAUUUAAACUUGACUUCUACUAUAGCAAAGAUUUGAGACUUGAAACUUGGCUUAGACUACAGCCUAGUUUACAGACUUGAGACUUGGCUUGGGUCAUAAUUCAACUGAAAGACUUGAGACUUGACUCAGACUGUUGACCAAAGACCUGAAACUUGUCUUGGACUAUAGCCGAGCUUCAAGACUCAAUUCAAGUCUCAAUCCUUUAAUCUAGGCUGUUAUCCAAGUUUCAAGUCUUAAAUUGAGGCUG